AUGGCCCAGUCUCGGGUGCCGGCCCGGGGCCUCACCGGAAGGACCCUACACUUGGCCCAGAUUGCCCUCAUUGUGGCACCGGCCUUUGUCUGUUUUGGUUACAAUCAGUCUGGCCUGGGGCCCCUUGCCACCCUCCAAAGCUGGGUGCACACCUUUCCCUCGAUCGACACCGUCAACACUGUUGGAGAGCAGAAGUCACAAAAUUCGACCAGCAAGGGGGCGGUUGUUGCGUCCUUCCAGAUCGGAGCUCUCAUUGGGGCCUUCUCCUGCAUGUUUAUUGGCGAUCGGCUAGGGCGGCGCAGGACCGUAUUUUUGGGUUCCAUCUUGACGAUCAUCGGACAGGUCUUGCAGGUGUCAGCCUACCAGCUGGUGCAGUUUGUCAUCGGCCGCCUCAUCCUGGGUGCUGGCGUCGGCCAGUUCAGCGUUGCCGUCCCCGUCUGGCUGGCCGAAUGCUCGGAGGCAAAGAAUCGUGGGCAGCAUGUCAUUCUGACGGGAGUCUUCAUGUGUCUGGGUUAUGCCCUCUGCAACUGGAUCGACUUCGCCUUCACCUUCCUGCCCUACUCGACCCUCCAAUGGCGCAUUCCCUUGGCCCUGUCCUUCAUCCCCUCGUUGAUGGUGGCGGGCAGUGUGUUCUUCCUCCCCGAAUCGCCUCGGUGGCUGGUCAGCGUCAAUCGGGUCAGCGAGGCGACCGUCGCCUUGGCUGCCUACAAGGGCAUCGACCCCGAUGACGAGGCAAUCUCUGCGGAAAUUAGCGGUGUGCAGUCCUCGCUGGAAACGACCGUCAAGAAGGUUUCGCUGCUGGAUAUCCUCUUCCACCGCGGAGAAGACCCGGAUCGCCUCCUGUACCGGUUCCUGCUUUGCUUCUUCCUGCAGUUCUUCCAGCAGAUGUGCGGUGGCAAUCUGAUCUCCGUGUAUGCCUCGACCAUCUUCGAGGAGAACCUCAACAUGAGCGCCAACCUGGCCAAGAUCCUGGCGGCGUGCGCCCUGACCUGGAAGUUCCUGUGCUGCUUCAUUGCAUUCUACUGCAUUGACCGGCUGGGUCGCCGGACGGUCUUUAUCAUCAGCGGCACGGGGAUGUGUGUGUGCAUGACGGUGAUGGCCAUCACCGCUAGUUUCCCCACCUCGAAUCACGGGGCGUCGAUUGCCUCGGCGACCUUCAUCUUUCUCUUCAACCUGUUCUACCCGAUCGGUUUCCUGGGCGGGAACUUCCUGUAUUGCACCGAAGUGGCGCCCAUCCACCUGCGGACGGCGAUGAGCGCAGUGUCCACCGCCAACCACUGGUUGUGGAACUUUGUGGUGGUGAUGGUGACCCCCGUGGCGUUGGACACCAUCGGCUACCGCUACUACGUGAUGUAUGCGAUCAUCUCCGCCUGCAUCCCCAUCUCGGUGGCGCUGUUCUACCCGGAGACGAUGAACCGUAACCUAGAACUGCUCGACCAUGCCUUCCGCGAUGCCCCCACCCCGUGGAAGAUCGUGUCGAUGGCCCGCAGUUUGCCUCAAGGCGAGGUGACUGAGGCCGACCUCUACCAGCACGACAAGCACGAGAAGGAGCAAUCGGAAGGGUCGUUCGAACAGAAAGAACAUGUUUAAGAGUAA